GGGGGUUGUAAUGAAAAUGAAAUCUAUUCCAGAAGGUUUUCCGUUUGACAGUGCUAUUGAAGAAAACUCGCAACCUAUGGAAGCUGACAAAGAAUUUCAUGUAAUAUUUUGGAACUACUUUAUUAUCGGAUUGGAUAUUGAAGAUUUGUCACAGAAAAAGGAUGGAUGUUGUGGUAGUUGUUCUUUGACGUCUUGGCCAAGCACCAGGUCAAUCAUUUGUGUUAACUUGCCUUGCUUUCCAGAUAGACCAAAUGUUAAAAAAAAAUAUAGAAACUUUAAAGAUCCUUUUGUAGAUGAUGGGCUUCUUGAAGUUAUUUGUUUUAAAGAUGCAUGGCAUGGAAAUGAUUUUCUUCCUUCCAAAGAUCGAGGGGAAUGUCUUGUGCAGGUGGAAACAAUCCGCUUUGAGCUUUACAAUAGUGCAGUCAACAAUAUCCAUAUGAGCAUUGACGGGAAUAGAUGGAAACAUCCUCUCCCUAUUGAGGAUGACAAUAAGGUGAUUGAGAUCUAUCAUUCAGGAAAAACAAAGGUGUUUGUAAAUUCCAACUCAAGAUGCAAAUUCAAAUCGCUCGAUGAGAGAUAUUGAAUGUCUUCCAAAGAGUUGAGUGGUGUUCUCAGUCCACGCCAGAACAAUCUAGUUGUAUUACUUUUAUAGUGAGUAAAUAUUUCAUAUAAUUGCUAUCCAAUUGAGUAGACUGAAAAUAUUUGUUUUCAUUUCAUAAAUUUUAAUAAAAAGAACUUUAUUUUUU